GACGUCACGGUAGUAGCUCUCCUCGCGGCGGCGGUGCUGAACAAGAUGGCUGCGCGUCGCGUUACGAGCGGCUGAAAAAACAGCGCCGAGGACCGCACACAGCCCGACUAACAGCGGGUCACGUCGAGAGGGCUGGCCGAAAGCACCCUCGGCUCGAACGAUCCGGAGGGCUCGGAAUAGGGCUGUUGCUUUUGUAAUUUUUUUGUUUAGGGGGGUGGGUAGAGUUUGAUUUACGGGAAGGGAGGUUUCUCAACGUCCAGAAAAAAAGCAAAAAAAUCCGCGAGUCGUUUUUGCAACUGUUUAAUUUAUCUAAAACAACGCGGAAGGGCGAAAAUAAUAAGUAUUAAAGAGAUGUCACUGCUGUGUGUUGGAGUGAAGAAAGCCAAGCUUGAUGGACCGCAAGAGAAAUUCAACACGUACGUGUCACUGAAGGUUCAGAACGUGAAAAGCACCACCAUAGCCGUGCGCGGCAGUCAGCCAUGUUGGGAACAGGACUUCAUGUUUGAGAUUAACAGGCUGGAUCUGGGCCUGACGGUGGAGGUAUGGAACAAAGGACUGAUCUGGGACACCAUGGUUGGCACAUUGUGGAUCCCUUUGCGCAGCAUUCGACAGUCGAACGAGGAAGGUCCAGGACAAUGGCUGACUUUAGACUCCCAGGUCAUUAUGGCUGAGAAUGAGAUCUGUGGAACAAAAGAUCCCACGUUCCAUCGAGUGCUUUUGGAUACACGAUUCGAACUCCCAUUAGAUAUACCAGAGGAGGAAGCUCGAUACUGGGCCAAGAAAUUGGAGCAGCUCAAUGCCAUGAGGGACCAAGAUUACACAUACCAGGAGGAGCAUGAGAGACCACUUCCAGUGCCAUCAACUCAAUGCUGUAACUGGAGUCUAUGGGGGGACCAGCAAAAUGAUGAUCCAGACAGUGCUGUUGACGAUCGAGACAGUGAUUACCGCAGCGAAACCAGCAACAGCAUCCCGCCUCCAUUCUACACCACUUCUCAGCCCAACGCAUCCAUGCACCAAUACCCCAUCCGUCACAUGCACCAUGGCUCCCGCUACAACGACAUGCAUGAUUACGACUAUGAUAACCAGAGACCCAUUAGACGCUAUGAUAGUUUAGACUCCGCCACCAACGGGCGCAGCGAUCUCGAUUCGGCUUCUGGCUCGAGCAGGCGGACCAGCCGCCAGUACUCCUUAGACAGUAGGCACUCGCUCUCUGAUAGCCCCACCGGCAGUAGUCGCUAUGCCUCCUCGGGUGAGCUAAGCCGCGGCAGCUCCCAACUCAGUGAGGAGUUUGGCCCAGAGGAUGGUGAAAGCUUCCGAGGUUCCGGAGAGUUCUACGACGAGAAUGACUCCUACCAUUCCUGCCAUUCCUCUGUUAGCUAUGGUAAAGACUCACCUGAUUGGGAUCCAGAAGAGCCGCAGGGCGUUUACAGUGAUGAUGGGGAGUAUAACAAAGAUGGGGGUGAAGAAGGUGCACUCUAUGAUGAGGUGGAUGGUGAGAUCUAUGAGCAGGAGGAAGGAGAGUAUCCCUAUGAGGAGGAAGAGGAAGGAAUGGUGUAUGAAGAGGAUGAAGACCUGUACCCACUGGAUGGUACUCUCAGUGAAGAGCAGGAGCCACCUUACACCCCUACCCCAACCAGCACUGCCCCAACGUUGGCUCCUGAUGCCCAAACCAGCCGUCCACCUCUGGAGAAACAGGCUUCCAUGCACCAGCAACAGCCACCACAAUCUCAACCACCAUUCCAGGCCAUGGAGCCUAAGCGAGAGUCACCACCCCCACAGCAGCCACUUGAUGUCUUUGCCAAGUUACCUCAUACCUCAACCCCACCGCGAGUCUCAGAGUUGGAGCCUGAGAAGGUCCCGACACCUACAGGCAAGCUGGCAGCUCCUUCUGAGGAACUUUUGCUUACCCCUGCUACCGAGGUCCCGCCUGAAGCAAAACAAGAGAAUAAAGAGGCUCCUCCAGAGAGCACACCAAAGCUGGAGCCACCUGUGGACCCUGCAGUAAGGGCCAAGGCCAACUGGCUGCGACUUUUCAACAGGGUUCGCCUUCAACUUCAGGAGGCUCGAGGCGAGACUCCAGGACUUGCGUCACUCUUUUUGCAAGCAGGGCCUGGAGGUGCUCUUUACAGCAUAGACAGCAUGCCUGACCUACGCAAGAGGAAAGCCAUCCCUCUCGUCCGAGACCUGGCAAUGUCUCUCGUCCAGAACUCUCGAAAAGCAGGCAUCACUUCAGCUAUGGCCUCCAGCACACUUAACAAUGAAGAAUUGAAGAGUCACGUCUAUAAGAAGACCCUGCAGGCUUUGAUCUACCCCAUUUCCUGUACUACACCACACAACUUUGAGGUGUGGACCGCCACCACCCCCACCUACUGCUACGAGUGUGAGGGGCUUCUGUGGGGCAUCGCUCGACAGGGCAUGCGCUGCACAGAGUGUGGGGUCAAGUGUCACGAGAAGUGUCAAGAUUUGCUUAAUGCCGAUUGUCUACAGAGGGCGGCGGAGAAGAGCUCUAAACAUGGAGCUGAGGAUCGCACACAGAACAUCAUCAUGGUGUUGAAAGACCGCAUGAAAAUCCGUGAACGCAACAAGCCUGAGAUAUUCGAGCUGAUUCAGGAUGUGUUUGGAGUCAUCAAGGCAACACACGUGGCGCAGAUGAAGCAGGUCAAGCAAAGCGUCCUGGACGGGACAUCUAAGUGGUCAGCCAAGAUCAGCAUCACCGUAUUAUGUGCUCAAGGCCUGCAGGCAAAGGACAAAACUGGCUCCAGUGAUCCUUAUGUUACAGUGCAAGUAGGCAAAACCAAAAAACGAACCAAGACCAUCUACGGCAACCUUAACCCUGUAUGGGAUGAGAGCUUCAAUUUCGAGUGUCACAACUCUUCCGAUCGGAUUAAAGUGCGCGUUUGGGACGAGGAUGAUGACAUCAAGUCCAGAGUAAAGCAGAAGUUCAAACGAGAGUCUGACGAUUUUCUCGGACAGACUAUCAUUGAGGUUCGAACUCUGAGCGGAGAAAUGGACGUCUGGUACAACCUGGACAAGCGUACGGACAAAUCUGCUGUAUCUGGAGCCAUUCGCAUGCACAUCAGUGUGGAGAUCAAAGGAGAGGAAACCGUAGCUCCGUACCAUGUCCAAUACACUUGCUUGCACGAGAACCUUUUCCACUAUCUAACGGACAUCCAGAACAACGGGGUGGUGAAGAUACCAGAUGCCAAGGGUGACGAUGCAUGGAAGGUCUACUUUGAAGAGACACCCCAAGAAAUCGUAGACGAGUUUGCCAUGCGUUACGGAGUGGAGUCCAUUUAUCAAGCCAUGACGCACUUCGCCUGUUUGUCAUCAAAGUACAUGUGUCCCGGAGUGCCCGCGGUCAUGAGCACCCUACUGGCCAACAUCAACGCUUACUACGCUCACACAACCCAGGCCACCAACAACGUGUCAGCCUCGGACCGCUUCGCUGCCUCCAACUUUGGGAAAGAGCGGUUCGUCAAGCUUCUGGACCAGCUUCACAACUCCCUGAGGAUUGACCUCUCUAUGUACAGGAAUAAUUUCCCAGCUAGCAGUCCUGAGAGACUGCAGGACCUCAAGUCUACUGUGGAUCUACUAACCAGUAUCACAUUCUUCAGGAUGAAGGUCCAGGAGCUCCAGAGUCCUCCUCGUGCCAGCCAGGUAGUGAAGGACUGUGUGAAGGCUUGCCUCAACUCUACCUACGAAUACAUUUUCAACAAUUGCCACGAGCUAUAUAGUCGAGAAUACCAAACGGACCCGAACAAAAAAGGAGAGGUUCCUCCAGAAGAACAAGGUCCAAGUAUCAAGAAUCUCGACUUCUGGUCUAAGCUAAUCACCCUCAUUGUCUCAAUUAUCGAAGAGGACAAGAACUCCUACACCCCAUGCCUUAACCAAUUUCCGCAAGAGCUCAAUGUUGGAAAAAUCAGUGCAGAGGUUAUGUGGAACCUGUUCGCACAAGAUAUGAAGUACGCAAUGGAAGAGCAUGAAAAGAACCGCCUGUGCAAGAGUGCCGAUUACAUGAACCUGCACUUCAAAGUAAAGUGGCUCUACAAUGAAUACUGCAAAGAUCUGCCUUUCUUCAAGAGCCGAGUGCCUGAAUAUCCCACGUGGUUCGAGCCAUUUGUCAUCCAGUGGUUGGAUGAGAAUGAGGAGGUGUCUCGAGACUUUUUGCACGGAGCCCUGGAGCGCGACAAGAAAGAUGGGUAUCAGCAAACUUCAGAGCACGCUCUCUUCUCCUGCUCGGUAGUGGACGUCUUCUCGCAGCUUAACCAGAGCUUUGAGAUCAUUAAGAAACUGGAGUGUCCAGACCCACAGAUCGUCGGACACUACAUGAAGAGAUUUGCCAAGACCAUUAGCAAUGUUCUUCUGUCCUAUGCGGACAUCAUUUCAAGAGACUUCCCCAACCACUGCACCAAGGAGAAAGUGAAUGCAAAGGAUGGAGCUGUCAAGCCAUGCAUCCUCAUCAAUAAUAUCCAACAGCUCAGGGUACAGCUUGAGAAGAUGUUUGAGGCCAUGGGUGGUAAAGAUUUAAACGUUGAAGCUAGCGACAUCUUGAAGGAACUUCAAGUAAAGCUCAAUAAUGUUUUGGAUGACCUUGCAAGGAUCUUUGCUACCAGUUUCCAGCCAAACAUUGAAGAAAAUGUCAAGCAGAUGGGUGACAUACUUAGCCAGGUAAAGGGAACAGGAAACGUGCCAGCAAGCGCUUGCAGCAGCGUGGCACAGGACGCCGACAACGUCCUCCAGCCCAUCAUGGACUUCCUUGACAGCAAUCUCACACUGUUUGCCAAGAUCUGUGAGAAGACAGUGUUGAAGCGAGUGCUGAAGGAGCUUUGGAAGCUGGUGAUGAACACAAUGGAGAAGACGAUUGUUCUGCCACCUUUGACUGACCAAACGAUGAUAGGCAGGGUGAAGCUUGCUUGUCACAGUGAUGGCACUCAGCUUAUAUUCAAUGCCGCCAAAGAACUCGGUCAGCUCUCCAAGUUGAAAGAGCACAUGGUUCGUGAGGAGGCCAAGGCACUGUCCCCUAAACAGUGUGCAGUUAUUGAGUUAGCACUGGAUACUAUAAAGCAAUACUUCCAUGCUGGAGGUGUGGGGCUGAAGAAGACGUUCCUGGAGAAAAGCCCAGACCUGCAGUCUCUGCAUUACGCCCUUUCCCUCUACACUCAGGCCACCGACAAACUCAUCAAGACCUUCGUUCAGUCCCAGAAUACACAAGUUCAUGGAGGGAAGGGGGUAAGGUUCACCCAUAGCGAAGACGUGUACCCAGAGAAGGGUACUGGUGUAGACGAUGCAGUCGGAGAGGUGUCUAUCCAUGUAGAGAUCUUCACUCAUCCAAAUACGGGAGAGCACAAAGUCACAGUGAAAGUGGUGGCUGCGAAUGACCUACGUUGGCAGACUUCAGGAAUUUUCCGUCCCUUCGUGGAGGUCUACAUCAUUGGCCCUCAUCUCAGUGAUAAGAAGAGAAAGUAUGCCACCAAGUCCAAGAACAACAGCUGGGCUCCCAAAUACAACGAGACCUUUACUUUCACACUGAGUAACGAAGUGGGCCCGGAGUGCUAUGAGCUGCAGGUGUGCGUGAAAGACUACUGCUUCGAGCGAGAGGACCGCACCGUUGGCAUGGCGGUACUGCAGCUGAAAGACGUAGCACCGCGGGGCAGCGUAGCGUGCUGGCUACCGCUAGGUAAACGCAUUCACAUGGACGAAACCGGCCUGACCGUACUACGAAUCCUGUCCCAGCGCAACAACGAUGACGUCGCGAAAGAAUUCGUCAAGCUUAAAUCCGACCAGCGCUCUGCUGAGGAGGGGCGGAGCUAAGACCAGGAAGUAGCUAGCGAGGCAUGAUAACUUUGGUGUAAACACUGCCCCCUGAUGUUCAGAUGUUGCACUAGCACAUAGAAAAAAAUACACAAGAUUUAUCUCGGUUCUCUACUUUACUCUAACGUCCAAACGUUUACGUGACAAAGCAGUUAUAUAUUUGUAUUCAGUGCACUGCCAUUAGAAUUGCCAGGAAGGGCUUGUUUAUCAAGCACAAUUUGGCACAUGAAACAGACACAGGAUAUUGUAUGUCUUAAAUACUUGAUGUUUGUGAUGUCUUUGAUUUUUAUAAAGCAUAUUUCAAGACAAAAACCUGCCAAAAGGUACAACACAUAUUUAUCUAUCUAUUCUUCAGAACAUUAAAUAUCACUAUUAAUGCACAGGUCUCAAAAUAUAAAUCCAGAAAAUAUUAUUUAUAAUAGUAUAUUAUUUAUAAUAGUAGUAAAUAUUUAAAUAAAUAAAUAUAUAUAUAUAUAUAUAUAUAUAUAAAAAAAUAAUAAAAGACUAUAUCACAGUAGUAAUAUAUAUAUAUAUAUUAUUUAUAAUCAGAUUUUUUCAAAUGCAUCUGUGAAAUAAAACCAGAUGAAGGCAUGUAAACAUGACAGAGUGCUACACAGUGCCAUGAUUUUUCGUACCCUUUUUUUCUUCAACAUUCAGCAAUCUGUAAUGAUGUCAAACCUCUUUCGUGCGGCCUUUUGUCAAUCAUUCCUGCACCCUUCGAAGGGUGCCUUAAUGUCAGGGUCUCGUUUCUCCACUACGUACAACCAUUUCACCCCUUAACCUCCUUAAUAGGGACCAAAACCCCCUAUGGGUCAGACUUUAACGUUAUGCAAUCGUUUAGAAGCACAAGAGAAUUAUGAAAAACAGACCUACAACCAAAUACACCUCUGAAAGCAGAGUGGUUGCUUUUUCAUGUAGUCCGAAAAUGCGUAAAGUUAUUUUGAAGGGGGCGCCACUUGCAGGAAAUCCUAUAAAUUCUACGUAUCGUACAAAUACAAGAUACUUAGACGCUUCACGCAUCUAGAUUCAAUCACAGGGCCACCUCUGUCCUGUCCUCGUGUGUUUUCCGAUCCGUUCAAGUUUGAGUGCCUGUGCGGUUUAUCCGGUGUUUGUCGGCACGAUAAGGCACUACGGUUUAUACGAUGUAUAAAUUGACAAACACUGCUUGUGUUAGACACCAGAGCUGCCUGUUUCAGUAAAAUUUCACUUUAUAACGUCACGUUUAAAUGUCGCACCGCUUCAGAUCAUUCCGUGCAAAAUGGGACGUUUUUCCCCACUCGCUGGUUUCACACCUCGGAAGAAUCACAGUCAUUGAGAAUCUCUCCUAUAGAGUUGCCAUAGUAACCGCUGAUGAAUCCUGCCAUUUUACUGGAAAACCAUCCACCAUAUUAGAAAAGCACAAGAGAUACGCUCUACAGUGUGGGUUAAACGCCGUACACCCGUUCAUUCCCUAAGCGCUAAAACGUGCUACUUCGCGAAAAUCUGAGGUGAAGUUAUCGAGAUUUAGCCACGAAGUGCGACAGAUAUUUCCCCGCAUCGUUUCUCCCGAAAAUAGUCUAUGCAUUUGUUCUAUCAGUCAUAAGUGAUCAACAGCCUUGGAUUGUUUACAUCGCGAACGCUCAGCGCAAACCGUAGCUGCAAACUUCGCUGUUGUUUUGUUUUACCGACCGAAUCCUUUUAUGUUCAGUGUUGUGAUAUUGAACACUAGGGUUCUGCCAGGCGUUAUUGAAUGUUGAAUUGACUGCAGAGCGGGAAAAUAGAAUCUGUAGCAAGAACAUACUUUCAUUUGGGCAGUAGGAUUUCAAAUAUUAAAGCUGUGUGUUGCUGUUUGUGAAUAAUAUUACAGGAUACAGUCGUGAGCAUGUAGUACGAGACAAAGCACACGCAGACACAAGUGCACACGGAUCCCAAUAAAACGGCGACUCCUUGCCUGUAUAUAAGAAGCAGUGCAUGUUGGGAAAGAUUCUUCUUUGUGCCAGCAUGUAUCUUUGGCGUGAUAUUGAAUAGUUGUCUUUAUUUCUCUUGAUUUUGUCAUUUAUUUUGAUAUUUGGGUAUUAUUUUCUAUUUUUGGAAGGCUUGUGAAUAUAUAAAUAUGUAUUACUGACGUGUAGUGGUACAGAGUUACUAGCAUGAGAGAUUUUUUUAUACGAAGAUGUUUCUAAUUUUCGUUUUUCUAAAUAUGAUCGUUCUUAUCGGGGAUGGAGGUAAAACAGAUGGCGGCCUUGGUUUGUUUCUACUUCCAAUAAAUGGUUGAAAAUUG